CAGUGCUGCAUGGAAGAAUUGGGCACCCAGAGAACCCUUUCCGAGUGGCCUUAGAAUACAUCUCCAGUGGAAACAGAAGCUUGUCUGCAGUAGACUUCUUUGCCGUGAAGAACUGCAGUGAAGGAACAUCCCCUGGCUUCAAGAUGGCCCUGCAGAGUUCCUUCACUUGUUGGAACGGGACAGUCCUCCAGCUCGGGCAGGCCUGCGACUUCCACCGGGACUGUGCCCAGGGAGAAGACGAGGGCCAACUAUGCAGUAGACUCCCUGCUGGUUUUUACUGUGAUUUCGAGGAUGACUUCUGUGGCUGGACCCAAGGCACACUCUUACCCGACAUGCCCCGGUGGCAGGUCAGGACCUUAAAGGAUGCCCGCUUCCAGGACCACAAAGGCCACGCCUUGCUGCUCAGCACCACCAAUGUCCCCACCUCUGAAAGUGCUGCAGUGACCAGCACUAUAUUCCCCGCGCCGAUGAAGAACUCUCCGUGCGAGCUCCGAAUGUCCUGGCUCAUCCGUGGAAUUUUGAGAGGAAAUGUGUCCUUGGUGCUGGUGGAGAACAAAACUGGAAAAGAACAAAGCAGGAUGGUCUGGCAUGUUGGCGCCAAUGAAGGCUUGAGCCUGUGGCAGUGGACUGUGUUGCCUCUCCUCGACGUGUCCGACAGGUUCUGGCUGCAGAUGGUCGCGUGGUGGGGGCAAGGAUCCAGAGCCACUGUAGCUUUUGACAAUAUCUCCAUCAGCCUGGACUGCUACCUCACCAUCAGCGGGGAGGACAAGGUGCCACAGAAUGCAGCACCCAAAUCAAGAAAUCUGUUUGAGAGAAACCCAAACAAGGAGCCCAAACCCUGGGAAAAUAUGCCAAGACAGACCCCCAUCUUUGACCCUACAGUUCACUGGCUGUUCACCACAUGUGGGGCCAGUGGGCCCCACGGCCCCACCCAGGCCCAGUGCAACAACGCCUACCAGAACUCCAACCUGAGCGUGGUAGUGGGCAGCGAGGGCCCCCUAAAGGGCAUCCAGAUCUGGAAGGUGCCAGCCACCGACACCUACAGCAUCUCGGGCUAUGGAGCCGCGGGCGGGAAAGGUGGGAAGAAUACCAUGAUGCGGUCCCACGGCGUGUCUGUGCUGGGCAUCUUCAACCUGGAGAAGGACGACACGCUGUACAUCCUGGUCGGGCAGCAGGGGGAGGACGCCUGCCCCAGCACAAACCAAUUGAUCCAGAAAGUCUGCGUUGGAGAGAACAAUGUGAUAGAAGAAGAAAUCCGUGUGAACAGAAGCGUGCAUGAGUGGGCAGGAGGAGGAGGAGGAGGGGGUGGAGCCACCUAUGUGUUUAAGAUGAAAGAUGGAGUACCCGUGCCCCUGAUCAUUGCAGCCGGCGGUGGUGGCAGGGCGUAUGGAGCCAAGACAGACACAUUCCACCCAGAGAGACUGGAGAAUAACUCCUCGGUUCUGGGGCUAAAUGGCAAUUCCGGAGCAGCAGGUGGUGGAGGUGGCUGGAAUGAUAACACUUCCUUGCUCUGGGCUGGAAAAUCUUUGCUGGAGGGUGCUACCGGAGGACAUUCCUGCCCCCAGGCCAUGAAGAAGUGGGGGUGGGAGACAAGAGGGGGUUUCGGAGGGGGUGGAGGGGGGUGCUCCUCAGGUGGAGGAGGCGGAGGAUAUAUAGGCGGCAAUGCAGCCUCGAACAAUGACCCUGAAAUGGAUGGGGAAGAUGGGGUUUCCUUCAUCAGUCCACUGGGCAUUCUGUACACCCCAGCUUUAAAAGUGAUGGAGGGCCACGGGGAAGUGAAUAUUAAGCAUUACCUAAACUGCAGUCACUGUGAGGUAGAUGAAUGCCACAUGGAUCCCGAGAGCCACAAGGUCAUCUGCUUCUGUGACCAUGGGAUGGUGCUGGCCGAGGAUGGUGUCUCCUGCAUUGUGUCUCCCACUCCGGAGCCCCACCUGCCACUCUCGCUGAUCCUCUCCGUUGUCACUUCUGCCCUGGUGGCUGCCCUCGUCCUGGCUUUCUCUGGCAUCAUGAUUGUGUACCGCCGGAAGCACCAGGAGCUGCAAGCCAUGCAGAUGGAGCUGCAGAGCCCUGAGUACAAGCUGAGCAAGCUCCGCACCUCGACCAUCAUGACCGACUACAACCCAAACUACUGCUUUGCCGGCAAGACUUCGUCCAUCAGUGACCUGAAGGAGGUGCCACGGAAAAACAUCACCCUCAUUCGGGGUCUGGGCCAUGGUGCAUUUGGGGAGGUGUAUGAAGGCCAGGUGUCUGGAAUGCCCAGCGACCCAAGCCCCUUGCAAGUGGCUGUAAAGACACUGCCUGAGGUGUGCUCAGAACAGGACGAGCUGGAUUUCCUCAUGGAGGCCCUGAUCAUCAGCAAGUUCCACCACCAGAACAUCGUGCGCUGUAUCGGGGUGAGUCUGCAGGCCCUGCCCCGAUACAUCCUGCUGGAGCUCAUGGCGGGAGGAGACCUCAAGUCCUUCCUGCGGGAGACCCGCCCUCGCCCGAAUCAGCCCUCCUCCUUGGGCAUGCUGGACCUUCUGCACGUGGCUCGGGACAUUGCCUUUGGCUGUCAGUAUUUAGAGGAAAACCACUUCAUCCACAGGGACAUUGCUGCCAGGAACUGCCUCUUGACCUGUCCAGGCCCUGGAAGAGUGGCCAAGAUUGGAGACUUUGGAAUGGCCCGAGACAUCUACAGAGCAAGCUACUACAGAAAAGGAGGGUGUGCGAUGCUGCCAGUUAAGUGGAUGCCCCCGGAGGCCUUCAUGGAGGGAAUAUUCACUUCUAAAACGGACACAUGGUCCUUUGGAGUGCUGCUGUGGGAAAUAUUUUCUCUUGGAUAUAUGCCAUACCCUAGCAAAAGCAACCAGGAAGUUUUGGAGUUCGUCACCAGUGGAGGACGGAUGGAUCCACCUAAGAACUGCCCUGGGCCUGUAUACAGGAUAAUGACUCAAUGCUGGCAACAUCAGCCUGAAGACAGGCCCAACUUUGCCAUAAUUUUGGAGAGGAUUGAAUACUGCACCCAGGACCCUGAUGUAAUCAACACUGCCUUACCGAUAGAAUACGGCCCACUCAUGGAAGAGGAAGAGAAAGUGCCCAUGAGGCCCAAAGACCCUGAGGGGAUUGCUCCUCUCCUGGUCUCUCCCCAGCAGGUAAAGCAGGAGGCAGCGCACAGCCCGGCCGCACCCCCUCCUCUGCCCACCACUUCCUCCGGCAAAGCCCUGAAGAAAGCCACAGCUGCAGAGGUCUCUGUCCGAGUCCCCAGAGGACCGGCCGUGGAGGGGGGACAUAUUAAUAUGGCAUUUUCUCAGUCCAACCCACCAUCGGAGCUGCACAAGGUCCAGGGAUCCAGAAACAAACCGACCAGCUUGUGGAACCCAACUUAUGGCUCCUGGUUUACAGAGAAACCCACCAAAAAGAACAAUCCUCCGGCCAAGAAGGAGCAACAGGAGAGGGGAGACUUGGGACGUGAGGGGAGCUGUACUGUCCCACCCAACGUUGCCACCGGGAGACUUGCGGGGGCCUCGCUGCUCCUGGAGCCGUCCUCGCUGACAGCCAGCAUGAAGGAGGUGCCCCUGUUCAGGCUGCGCCACUUCCCCUGCGGGAACGUCAACUACGGCUACCAGCAGCAGGGCUUACCUUUAGAGGCCACCACCGCCCCCGGAGCUAGUCAUUACGAGGACACUAUGCUGAAAAAUAAGAAUAGCAUAAACCAGCCGGGGCCCUGAGCCCGCAGGCACUCACUUCCCUUCCUUAAGGAGCCCUGAGCUCCUCCACAGACCAGAGACCAAAUGUCACUCUUCAUCUUGUGCCAACUUGUCUUGAAGUGCCACAUACAGAGCUGUAUUUUCAAAAUGCUUUAGAAAGGUUUUGAGCAUGGGUUCAUCCUAUACUUUCAAAAGAAGAUAAUAUCAUUAAAAUGAGUGAUACCUACGAGGCCCAGCCUUGGCCUUGGCCGCAUAAGGUUUUUAUGCAUGGUUCUUGUAUAUUUCCUUAUGCUUCUUCUCAGUUGUGUGUGCUCUGCCUCAAUGUAGUCAGAAGUAGCUGCUUACGUGUUUCAUAGCUGGAGUCAUAGAAGUUUCCUUCCUUGUUGAUGUGGACUUGAAACAUUUAAGGGGAGAGGGAACAGAAAUAAAGGAGUUAUUUGUAAUAAUUCAGCAUGGAGAAAGACAUUCUUUACUUGGAAAAGAAAAAUCGUAGACAACUAACUGAAACAUCACUUUAGAUGG